AUGACCAAGUCUGAGGUCGGUCAGUUGGAGGAGUCUCCGACUGUUGAGAGAUGCGAAAACGUAUCCGACGCAAAGAUGUCUAUCCAUAACCCAGGUGUGGAUGAUGCUCUUCAAAUGGCUAUCGAUGGCCAGGAAGAAAUGUGGACUGCAGAGGAAGAACGUAAACUUCUCUGGAAAAUUGACCUGAUAAUGACUCCCCUGUUAUUCCUUGGAACAAUUGUAGGCUACGCAGAUAGCCAGGCUUAUGGAUUCGCGGCCCUCUUUGGCCUCGUCAAAGACCUCAACUUGUUCACUGAAACUGUUGUCAAUGGAGAGGUUGUUAUGGACACGACCAAAUAUCAACUCACAGCCGGUAUAGUGUCUCUCGGUGCAGCAGUGGGACCAUACUUGAUUCUCCUUCCUGCCCAGCUGCUCCCAGUCGGUAUUGUCUAUGGCGCAACUCUUUUUUACAUCGGCCUUCUAGCCAUAUUGACCAUUAUAUGUCAUAAUUUUUCACAAAUCAUGGCCCUGAGGUUCUUUUAUGGCUUUAGUCAAGUCAUUCAGCCCCUGGGUAUCAUUAUAGCAGUCAUGUGGUGGAAAACAAAAGAGCAGCCUCUUCGGAUAGGCCUCAUGAUCGCCGGUAAUGCCGUGGGAUCGCUCAUUGGAAACGGAGUUGACUUUGGAGCAAUGAAACUGGGCGGGGUCUAUACUGAUAGUCGGUGGAAGUGGAUUUACGUUAUCUUAGGAACCUGUGCACUAUUUGCUGGCAUGGUUGUGAUGGCUUCGAUGCCUGCAACUCCUAUGAAGGCAUGGUUUCUUACGGAUCGCGAAAAGCGCAUUGCUGUACGCCGUCUCAUGGGUAACAAUACCGGCAUUCAUACCAGAAGAUUCAAGAUUCGCCAGGCAUUAUCCGCGUUCGUGGAUCCUCAACUUUAUGCUCUGUCGAUAUUUUCAUUCACCUUCGCAUUUUCCAACGUGGCAGUUUCCAGCUUUGGCGGUUUCCUUGUGUCCUCUUUUGGAUAUUCCCAGAUUCAAGCCUUGGUCCUCUUCAUGCCUGCAUCUGCUAUUGCAGUCGUGUGCAUUCUACUCGCUGCAAUUAUCGGCAACCGCUUCCCACACCACCGGAUCAUUGUCGCAAUCGCUUUCAUGUUGCCCGCCAUGAUUGGAAACAUCCUGUUAUGGAAGUCUCACAGAGAAAAUAAAUCUGCCCUUCUUGCAGGACUCUAUAUGUCUACAACUUUCUACGGCUCUCUCGUCCAGCACUAUUCUCUGCUAGCAGCAAACGUCGGAGGACACUCUAAGAAGACUGCUGUCCUGGGCACCAUAACUAUGAUGGUAGCCCUUGGGGGAUUCAGUGGACCUUGGGCAUACAAAGGAAAUCAAGCUGCUCAAGGUUACCCCGAUGGCCAAAUUGCAACUCUGAGCUUAUUCUGUGCCUCGAUCCUGGCUUACACGUGUCUUUGGUUCUAUUACAAUUACUCCAACAAGAAAAAGGAAAGUUUGUUACGUGCGCAACCUGAGCUGGCGGAUGAUCCUAUGGCUGCAUUCAUGGAUAUGACUGACCAGGAAAACCCUGCAUUCCAGUAUAGUCUCUAG